AAAACUCAAGCCUCUUCUUUAUAAAGCCAUGGGAUCUGUUGUGAACGCUGUGCCUGCUACCUUCGCCGCCGGGUGCUAUUGGGGGACGGAGAAAUUCUUCUGCGACAAGUUCAAGGAUGCCAUUGUGUCGAAACAGGUCGGAUUUAUGGGUGGCAGUGAUGCCCCUGGUGGGGUUACCUAUAAUCAAGUCAAGAAAGGUGACACUGGUCAUGCCGAAGUGUUGCAUUUGAUGUAUGAUCCCACCAAGGUUUCGUAUGAAGAACUAUUGGAAUUUUUCUUUCGCAUCCACGACUCCACAACACUGAACCGGCAAGGCGUUGAUAUUGGAACCAAUUAUCGAAGCGCCAUUUUUUACCAUAACGAUGAGCAAAAGAAAGCCGCUGAAGAUUAUAUCGCCAAGCUAAACGGCUUGGAUGAGAAGCUUCAUUCGAAGUUUCAAGUGUUUGGGGGUGCAAAGUGUAUUACGACUGUCGAGAAGGCAUCAACUUUUUACCCAGCACACGUUGGGCAUCAAGAAUACUUCGAGAAAAAUCCAAACGCACAUUGUGAUCAUCGUAUACACUACUGAGGCUUUGAAGAAAGGUGCCCGAAAAAUUAGUUUGUUACUAUCAAUAUAUACCAAUACAUAUAUGCACAUGUGUAAGCAUAUGCAUUAUAUCAUAAUAUUUUUAUUCCGAUAAAGGUAUAAAUGGGAGAGGUUAAGUUUGUAUAAAA